AUGCAGCAAGGGGAGGAAUCGAGCAGAGCGGGAGGAGAAGCAAAUGUAGCGGCAGAGGUGGUGGAUCUGUAUGGGCCAGACAACGAGGAGUACAUGAGGACGCCGCUCGUCUCGCCCUACCCGGUGCCCAAAUUGAAGGUGCCAGAGGGCGUGAGCCGGCGAUUCGCGGCUCGAAGUGGUGCGCCACAACAAGGAGGGGGUGGUGGUUACAGAGAUCGAGGCGAGGAGGAUCGGUACCAACGUUCAAACCGCAGCGAGUACGAGCACCAUCCACGGCCACCAUUUCGAGAUCACCGCGAAGGCGACCACCAAGGGUAUGCUGAUCAUCAGCCGCAACGGCCGUACGCUUCACACAAAAGGAGCAGCCCCGACGACACACGAACGACCGCCGACGAUCCGUCCAGGCGACGACGCACCGACUACGCAGAGGAUGUGCACACGCGCGACCGCCAGGAGCGACACCGUCAGCAGCAGCAGCAGCAGCACCACCAGCACCAGCAACAUCCACCCAGGGACGCCUGGUGA